AAUUCUCAAAGCUUGAAGAAGAUCUGCUUCAGUUUCUGACUCUGUACUUUGUAAGAGGAGGCCUAACGGUACCCAUGACUGUCCUCGAGUUUCAGGUUUUAUAUCCGCGUUGGUGGCUGGUCACUCGCACGAGUCGCAUUGGCCGUGAACCUGCACUUGGAAUUUCUGCCUUUGAGUGGCGGCAAACUCUUCAUUUACAGUGAUGAAAUGUCACUAGUCGCGGCAAUAAGUGGCCACAAAUUUUCAUAGCUCUGCGGCAUCUCACGAAGAUAUUCAGCGGCGCCGCUUCGGACGGAAAAUGUGCCUAUAAACGGAUUCGGCACUGUACUCCUAAAUUGACAAUUGACACAAUUUCACUGCAGUAGGCAGAUACCAAAUUGUUGCUCAUAUAUCCAAUGGAGUCAUAUUUGACGGUUGAUCAGUCAACGCCCUUGUCAAGAUGGCCAGCUCAAAUAACAUCCCGCUUGGGCUUGUCAAUGGUGUCUCCUCCAGCAGCCUUGCUGUGAAGAUAACUGUCGGAGUUUUUCUAUCUUUGGCUUUAUAUAACGCCACUGAAUUGAUCAUUCUUAUUCUUUUAACAUUCAAUAAAUAUCACGGCCUAUACUUUUGGUCGAUACUCAUAUCGACUUUGGUCGGUGUCAUUCCUCUUAGCGUCGGCUCUUUGCUACAUUUCUUCACAGUCGGCCCACUAGCAGUCGCUUUGGUCAUCACGACAAUCGGGUUUUAUGCAAUGGUUCCAUUCCAGUCGCUAGUUCUCUACUCGCGACUUCACCUCGUAUUCUACAACGAGCGUGGUCUACGUGCUAUUCUUUACACAGUCAUAACCAACUCUAUUGUCCUUAUCAUUCCCACAACGGUCACGACAUAUGGAUCUGCAUUCUUGCGAUCAUACUCAUGGAACCGGGCAUAUGAAAUUAUGGAAAAGUUGCAAUUAACCGGAUUUUGUGUCCAGGAAUUUCUAAUCUCAAGCCUAUAUAUUUAUGAGACGAUCAAGCUACUUCGCCUCAACCCGAGGCAAGGCAGGCGUCGGAGAAAGAUAAUGUAUGAGCUUCUGGCACUGAAUCUGGUGGUAAUGCUAUUGGACAUAGCUCUCAUGGUGAUGGAGUUCCUGAAUAUCUAUUAUAUGCAGGUCUCAUUUAAGACACUUGUCUAUAGUAUCAAGCUAAAGCUUGAGUUUGCCGUUUUAGGAAAGUUGGUAUCCUUUGCAGACCACAGUCAACAUGAGUCUUUGGACAGUGGGAUUCCUGGACAUAUAACCUGACUAUAAAUUAAUAUUGAGUGAAU